AUGGUACGAACUUCGGUGACUACGGCUGUCGCAACUCUGAGCCUCGUCUUUGGCGAAACAGUCCGCCUUAAUGUCGCCAGAGCGCCCCCGGCGUCAUCCAGCCCCCCCAUCUCACUUGACUUCCAGUCGUUUUCCAUAGAGACUGCAUUUCUAGUUGACUUUCAAGGCAACAAGUCCCAUCCCAAUAGAUUCACCAACAACCUUUUGGCCAAUCUGAGAGCCUUCAAUGGGGACGUGCCCCAGAUUCUCCGUAUUGGAGGAAACACGCAGGAUCACGUCACCUAUGUCCCUGAUCAAAAAGAGCAGAUUAUCGAUUUCUGGGACCCGUCCUACAACUCUGACCAGCCACGCAACUCGUCCGUAGGCCCAAGCUUCUGGGAGGCGUUUACCGCUAUUGAGGGCACGAAAUACAUCGUCGGACUCAAUUUCUAUAAGAACGAUUCGACGUACCUUGAAAAUCUUCGAGGACAGGUGUCAGAGUCCUUGAAGCAGAUCCCAUCUGAUAGACUGCACUUGUUUGAGAUUGGCAACGAGAAUGACUACGGCGCAUUGUCCGGAUUCCGACCCCCGACAUGGACUCAGCAAGAUUGGGUUGAAGAGUGGAUUGAGCGCGCACGACAUAUUCAGACCCGCGACAAGAGUCUCCGGUUUUAUGCUCCUUCAGCAUGCUGCUACAACAUCACAACGCCUUAUUCCUUCUUCUCUCCGUGGACGAUCUGGAACAGCACGUUUGGCUAUGACCGAGACGGCUGGAUUGCAGAGGUUUCCCAGCACGGGUAUGUCUCUGGAACGUCCCAGAAUCCGACUCUUCAAGUUUUGUCUGACGAGGGAGCAGGAACUCUCAUGAAUCACACGAGUGUGGUGAUCAAUGGAACCGUUCAUCAAUCGCUUUGCAAGCUCCAUCACGAUGCUGGCCGCAUUUACACACUCGGCGAAACCAACAGCGUUUCUGGCCAAGGUGCAUUUGGCGUCUCCAACGUCUUUGGCUCUGCUCUCUUCAUUGUAGACUAUGAGCUGUACUACGCAUCAUUUGGUGUAAAUCGCAUGCAUAUGCACCAAGGAACAGGCUAUCGCUACGGCGCCUGGCUGCCCAUUGCUCAGAACGGCACAGGUCCAUCAACAAACCCCCCUUAUUAUGGCCAUGUCAUGGUCUCCAAGUUUAUCGGAUCCCACCCCAAGACGAAAAUCAACAAUAUCGAUCUGAACAGCGAUUUUUAUUCGGCAUAUGCGGCCUAUGAGAACGGCCGACUGGCACGGAUUGUGAUUCUCAAUCUUCACGAAUGGAGCCCUGCGAGCAGUGCUGGAGCUGAAGCCGUAAAAGUACCAACCACAACUUUUACCAUUAGCACUGGUGACAGGGGUAUUGAAUAUGCCACUGUCGAGCUGAUGACGGCUCCUGGCGCGCUUUCGGAGACGAACAUCACGGUCGCUGGACUGAGUUAUGAUUACCACCUGGCAGAAGGAAAGCCUGUGAGAGUGGCGAAACAGUACGAGAGCGUGCUUCGCCCAAAUCGCAAGGGAGAUAUUACCGUUCAGGUGCGGCAUUCACAAGCAGUUCUUUUGACGUUCAAGUAG